AGCUUUUAAGAGUAUUAUUUUAAUAUAUUAAAAUAUUGUCGUUGGAAACGCUUAUCUGUUCAUAAGUAUGACGGCAGUAUUACAGCAAUUACCUUUACCGCCUCCUCGGACUUCUUCACUUCAGAACCAACAGUUUAAAAGUGAUCACUUUCAUUCAUCUAAUAAUUUAGAUUGUAAAAUAAACACAGAGUUGCAUGAAACACGUUUUGGAGAUUACAUUUUAGGGCAGACUCUUGGUGAAGGGGAAUUUGGGAAAGUUAAGCUAGGAUGGCCAAGACGGAGAUUUCUGCAAUCAUCUGAUGGUCUAUCCCGGUCAGAUGUUGAAGUAGCGAUUAAACUUAUUCGAAAAGAUUCAAUUAAUGGUUCACGCACACGCUUGAACAAAAUUAAACGUGAAAUAUAUAUAUUGCAACGUGUCUGUCAUCCGAAUAUUGUUAGGCUUUUUGAUGUAAUAGAGACAAGUCGAUACAUAGGUAUUAUAUUGGAGUAUGCCAGUGGCGGUGAGCUUUUCGAUUUUAUUCUUCUUCAUCGGUAUCUUAAAGAUAAUGUUGCUUCUAAGCUUUUUGCACAACUUAUUAGUGGUGUACUUUAUCUUCAUAGAAAAGGAAUAGUACAUCGUGAUUUAAAAUUGGAAAAUCUUCUGCUUGAUAGGAACAAAAAUAUUAUUGUUACUGAUUUCGGAUUUGCUAAUGUUUUUGAUGUUGGAGAUAAUUUAAACUCUUUUAGUAAUAUGGAUUGUUUUGAUGGAAGGUCUCUAAAAAGAGGAGAUCUUAUGCAAACUAGUUGUGGUAGUCCAUGUUAUGCUGCACCGGAAUUGGUUAUCGGUGAAGGCUGUUAUGUUGGUAGAAAAGUGGAUGUUUGGAGUUGUGGUGUUAUUUUGUAUGCUAUGCUUGCUGGAUAUCUUCCUUUUGAUGAUGAUCCAAAUAAUCCCGAUGGUGAUAACAUAAAUUUGCUAUAUAAAUAUAUUAUUAAUACACCUCUUACAUUUCCUGAAUAUGUUUCUGCUCUUGCUCGAGAUCUUUUAAAGAGACUUCUCGUUCCGGAUCCUAAACGGCGUGCUUCAUUGCAGGACAUUACAAUACAUCCUUGGUUAAUUCAUCAUGUGGAAUUAUUUGAUAUUGCUACAGAUAUUGCCGAGGCCUCUACAUCUAAUCCUUUAUAUGAUAGAAGACAUGUAUCUUCGAGUAUUAUGUCGCAGCCAAAAUCUAAUUUGAGAGCUAAUUGUGAAAAAUAUAGUUAUGUUAAUUCUGGUUCAUCUUUGGGAUAUAUGUCUAGAGGACAACAAAUAUCACCCGCAUUGAGUAAAAAUAAACGUCAUACUGUGCAUAUAGAUUAUGUGCAGCAACAAACACAAAAUCAUAAAAAUUCUGUUAUUACUGAUCAAAAUUGCUAUCUAAAACGUAAUUCUGUUAAUGAUGACCUUAAUGAUAUGAUGUCUUCUUUAGAUAUUUCUUCAUCUACGACUCAAAAUGCAACAUGUCAUGAUUUUAUUUAUAGUUCAUUAUCGGUUCUUAAACCUGUUUUUGAAAGCAAUAAAGCAUCAUCUGCUAAAGGAUUAACAAAAGUUUCGGCGACACCACAAUUAAACAAGUUACCUGUACCCCUUAAAAAACCUCGACCUACAAGUUACCAAUCUCCUAUUGGUAUUUUCGAUGAUUCAAGUAUGAAUUUAAUGCAUUCUUUGCAUGCAAAUGGGCAUAAUAAUCAGGUCAAACGGAAUAGUACUUUUAUACCUGUGACAAAUUUUGCACCUUCAAAAGCAGGUUCUUCAUAUGAGAAAAAUGAUUUAUAUGCAUCACGGGCUACUCCUUCAUUAUUACCUAUACCAAUUGUUUCUAAAAAUGUAGAGUCUUCAAGAUCUCCUACAAAAUAUACUCCAAUACAGACUAUGGAUACUCGAUUAGGGACAUUACCAUCUGAUGAUAAACAUGUUAAAGAAAAAGCAGUUAACACCCAUAAGCGUGGAUCAAAUAGUAUUUCUAUUGGUGCAGAGAGAUUCUUUGGGAAAAUAUGGAAUGGUAAUUCACAUAAUUCAUCACGUAGUUUAUCCAUCGAUAAAAAUAACAAAAAUGUAUCACAUGUUGCUCAUGUAGAUUUAUUAAUUCAUGCGGAGUCAGAGACUAUGUCUAAGUUGAAUAUAAAAAACAAAUCAUCUAAGGCUUCAAAACAAAAGAAAAUGUCUAUGAAUAUAAAUGAAAAGAAUAAUGGCACUGCACGUGUAAUGGAAUGGUUUACAAGAAGACGAAAAAGUAAGGACGUGACAUAA